CUAGAUGGCGCCGCCCCGCUUUACAAAUGUAAGUGUGUCAGUCCAGUUACCGGGGGACAGGCACAUGUCUCCCUGCCCCUCAUGUUUCCUCUCACUCCGCUGUCUCCACUGUUCAAACCUCCGAGAGGGAAAAGAGUCCCAGUCUGCGCUCCUCUCUCUCCACGCCGCCAGCAGCAGGCUGAGCUCCGUCUCCUGUUCCGCACCGACUCCUGGAAAAUAUCCUGCGGAGCCACGUAAACACCGGUUGUUUCAUUAUAUAACCAGCGACUGACAAAAACUGCAGUAGAGUACCAGUGUUGACCAAGAGAUGUCUUGCAUGCUGAAUAUGGGUCUGGAUUGACCGCCUCAAUGUUGGUUCAUAUGUGGGCCUUUUGUUUCUGGAACCGGGAGAACAAGUCCAACCACACUGGUCCCUGAGAGGGCUGAAAGUGCACAAAAAGAUGAGCAGAGCACCUUACGCCCCCACAGAGACCAGUAACCAAUGGCAACCUCAGUCCAGACCCUUCCUCUGACCCGUGGCCCCGACAAAAACUUCCGUAACCCUUUCCCAGCCCGGCCCCUCUCCUCCCGCUGCGGCAUGGGAAGUGUGGGCAGUCUGGUAGAGAGGCCAGAUGUGUCUCCGACCAAAGGCAGCCGCGCGGUCCCCCAGGUGAGACCCAAACAGACCAACGGCCUCCUGAAGAAAGGCUUCACCCAGAGAGAGCUACUCAACUACCUCAACAUCACCAGAAAAGAGCCUACAGCAAACCCAGGAAGCGAUGGCAAGAAGGAUAUUAUCUCUGGCCUCAGCUCUGUCAGUGGCCGUGAGGAGGACAAUAUGUACGCCAAGGUCUACCAUAAAGAUGGCACCGAAGUAGAUUUGACAAAGAACUCGCUGCCAAGCGGGGGGAAGUAUGAAAAGGCUCGUUUUAGAUCAUCGGCCUUCAAGCCCGUCACCCCCAAAAACUUCAGCUCCAUGCAGAACCUCUACCCGUCUUCCAAGUCAGAGGAUGUGGACCAUGGCCUUUCCAACGGGUUGCGCAGAGCUUACGCCCAUGUCCCUAAAGCUGUCUCCACCUCCUCUUCCUCUUCCUCACCCUCCCGUCACGGAGGACCGACAUCCAGUGGUAACAAGACCCUCUCCUCGGUGCGUGGGAUGAGCCAGGAGGAUGAUAACCUGUCAGACUCGGGCCAUAACUCCAUGAACAGCCUGCCGCCGUACCGGCCUCCCUUCCGCCCACACCUGGCUCACAUCAGUGCAUCCAUGGGCCACAUCAACACCAUCGGCUCCCUGGACCGCACCUCUCUGGGCCCGAAGGCUGUAGGCUCAGAGGGUGUGGCUAUAGGGGAGAUGGCCUGUCGGAGCAUGGCGACCCUGAGUCGAUUGGCUCCAUAUGGAGGGGAGGCUCCACCUCCGUAUGAAUGGACACUCUCUCUGUCCGUGGAGGAAGUGGUGCGGGACCUGGAGGAGCGCCUGGUGGAGAAAGAACAUGAGCUGAAACAGAUGAAAAGAAACCUGGAUGAGAGUGAGGGCGCCAUCGCUCAGGUGUUUGAAGGGAAACAGCGUCUGUGGGAGAAGGAGGUGGAAGAGCUGAAGCGCCUUUAUGCCGCCAAGCUGCGUCAGGUUUCCCAGCAUGCUCAGCGUUCCCAGCGCAGCCUGCAGUUGCAGCUGUUCAAGGCCCAGCAGGAGAAGACCCGGCUGCAAGAGGAGCUCGACAGUCUGAAAAGGGAAAGGAGCCAAGAAGAUGGAGCCGUAGCAAAACGAACCAGCCUGACCCUGGAGGAGACGCAGUGGGAGGUUUGCCAAAAGUCAGGGGAGAUUUCCUUGCUGAAGCAGCAGCUGAGGGACUCCCAGGCAGAGGUGACCCAGAAGCUGAGUGAGAUCUUCCAGCUCAAGACGCAGCUGAGGGAGACCCGCACGGAGAUGCGCAACAGAGAGGGCCAGAUAGAUGCACUAAAGCUCGUCCUGCAGGGGACCCAGCGUCGCAGGUGUCCCUCUCAGAAUGCACAUGAAGAAGGAAAAGGAGCUGAAGAGAGGACGUCUGCUGGGGCGACAGGAGGGUGCGGGGGCCCUACAGAGGAGCGUCUGCGCGCAGAGCUCCUGUUGGAGCGACGCCAGAGCGAGGCCCAGGCCAUGGCUUUUGAGGAAGAGAGGCACACAUGGCAGACAGAGAAGGACAAGGUCAUCCGCUACCAGAAGGAGCUGCAGGCCAGCUACUUAGAGAUGUAUCACCGCAAUGAAGUGCUGGAGAGGGAACUGCACCAGCUGAGGGCAGGCAGAGAGCAAGGAGCAGCAGGAGGAGAAGGAGGAGAAGAGGGGAGCAGAAAUGGGACACUGGAAAGAGAAGUGCCAGAGCUGAGAAGUGAGAGAAUGGGGGAGAAACAAGAGGACAGACCUUCCUCUGGUUUGCCGUGGAUAGACAGGAUUGAAUCAUCUGAAAUUUGACUGUGACAGACUUGUUUGCAAUGCAAACUGUUUUCUCCCUGAAGUAUGGGAGCUAUGGAGGAUCAUGUCUGCCAGGAAAAGGAAAAAAAUAGAAUCAGCUCACUAAGUCAAAAUUAUAAGAUAGGAAGUCAAAAUUAUGACAUAAAUUAAAGUUUUAACUAAAACAAUUUUUUGAUAGUUAAUGAAAAAUUGAUACUGAGAUACCAAAUUAAAAUUGUGGGUAAAUAAAAUUCUGACUCAUUAAAUCAAUUUAGUCAAAAGAAAUUUUAAAAAUCACAUUUUUGACUUAAGUCAAAAUUAUGACAUAAUAAUUCAAAUUUUGACCUUGUGUCUAAAUUAUGAGAUAACUAAAAAUAUUGAAACAAUAGGUCAAAAUUAUGAGAUAAUAAGUCUAAGUUAUGAAAGUCAAAAUUUUGAAAAGUUUGAGAAUGAUUUUAGAGUUAAGUAUUUAACUUAAAUCAAACACAGCUCAAAUUAAGUCAAAAAGACUAAUUAUCUCAUUAUUUUAAAGCAGUGAGUCAAAUUUUGUCUUUAAGUUGUUUUGUUUUUUUUCAUCAUGCGAACAUUUUAUUUUUCUUCUUUUCUUGGUCAAAAUGAGCUUCCAUAGCACCUGGCAGUCUCUGCCCAUACACCCUUGUUGAUUGCUUAAUGCCCUUAUCCUGCAAAGACUGGACCCAUGAGCUCACACAGAAACACAGUGAUGCUGAGCGUAGCGGCACAGAAGUACUGUGUCUGUACCUCAUCUGUCCUUGGCAGAGGAGUUGUGUCAGUUUUGUAUAAAAUACAGCCAACCUCCAGCCAAGCACCUCGACUGUCAAGCUUAAGACUUCUUUCCAAUUAUAAAUCUGUAAGUGAACAAAUUGAUAUGCUGGUUGUGACUGUUUCGUGUUCAUUUGGUAGUUGCUUUUUGGUUGGGACUGCUGUACAGCCUCGGCGGUAAACAAAGGAUUCAAAGGGAUUUAGUCUGGUCUGGUAACAUCUGAGCACCUGUGUGUGCAGACGUUCAGGGUUCACCUGGGCUCUGGGAGGAAAGCUGCAUCUCUGGGAUAAGUAUCAAGGAUUACAGCUACCUGGUGCAAAGGUACUAAUGCUAAUUCUUUGCCAUCAUGAAAACAGUUUGCCCUGCUGAAGAAACUGGAAAUGUUGGACUUAUUUCUUCUCAUUCAGUUUCCUGUCAGGUGAUACCAAUAUAUUUUGUACAUAAAUGUAAGUUUUCAUUUGAUUGGCCUUCUGUCAUUGUGUUCCAAGCACACUCUUGUCUUAAAUGGGCAUACUUCCAUAUCUUUUGAUUGGAAUGAAAAUGAUCAAUAGAUGCAGAUGAUGAAUAUGACUGCCCUGCUUAUUGGUGCGAUUUGUUGCACAUACCCAGCCAAUAACAUCAAAUGCAUGAUGUAGGUGGAGUUGUUCUAUUCUGUUGUCUAUUAUUAAUAUAUGAAGGUUCAAAAGCCAGCUCUCAAUUGACCUUUCAACAUACUGUGACUCUUGUCUGUUUACUGGAAUCGAAACUGUACAGUAUAAAUAAAUAUAUGGUUGUUUUGGAUUCAUAAUAAACAUCUAUGAAGUGGU